AUGGCAAGCUAUGAGACCGAACAUGGGAUUGAUCGAACAGAGCAAUCCGAAACCCGUCCUCGCAGACCAGAUCUUUCUUCCUUUUUCAAUCAUCUGUCCCAAAUCACACCCGAUCGUCCAGAAGAGAGAGCACGAGAAUACGCCCUUCCCGUACCGGGGGAUGUGUCAGCCGCAUUCACCUCCCUUGCCGAAGCAUUCCAAGCCAUACAAAGAGAAAAUGAGCAUGCCGACUCGGAUCUCCUUCAAAACAUGAUUGAGGCAUUGAUGAGCUCCGCUGAACAACCACCUCGGGAAGUGAAAGGUGUGGAAGAAGAAUACAUUGCUGAACUGGAGCGUGUCAAGAUCAAGACGAUCAAGAAAGACGCAGAAUGCCCGAUCUGUGGAAAUGCAUUUGUAGACGAUCCACACCCACUUGUGGUGCGCCUUCCUUGCCAUUCGAGUCAUCUUUUUGAUCUUGAGUGCAUCAGACCUUGGCUGCUCUUGAACGGAACCUGUCCUCUCGACAGAAAGGACCUCGCGCAACGCGAGAGGGAUCGGAAAAAGAAACUGUUAGAAGAGAUCAAGAAGAACUCUUCUCCCGAGGAUGAGGAAGAAGAGUGGGAUGGGCUCUAUGGUUGA